CCUGAGCUAGCUAUGGCCAGCAGCUCUUGGGGUCCUAUGGCUGAGGUGGACACUGGGAGCGACCAGAGGCAGUUCAUCUGCCGUCUAGGCCUGCCCAGACGAUGUCAUGGUCAACCAUCAGCAUGCAACUGAGCAGCUCAGGGUUGGAGACAGAAACCCGGGUUCUGCUCCCUGCCCUGUCGCCGCUGGGGCACCUUGAAUGAGGAAAUUGAAGCAAUGGCCGCUAUAUAUGGCGAGGAAUGGUGUGUCAUUGAUGACUGCGCCAAAAUAUUUUGUAUUAGAAUUAGCGACGAUAUAGAUAACCCUAAGUGGACACUUUGCUUGCAGGUGAUGCUACCGAAUGAAUAUCCAGGUACAGCUCCACCAGUUUAUCAACUUAAUGCUCCUUGGCUUAAAGGACAAGAACGUGCAGAUUUAUCUAAUAGCCUUGAGGAAAUAUAUAUACAGAAUGUUGGUGAAAGUAUUCUUUACCUAUGGGUGGAGAAAAUAAGAGAUGUUCUGAUACAAAAAGCUCAGAUGACAGAACCAGGCCCAGAUGUAAAGAAGAAAACCGGAGAGGAAGAUGUUGAAUGUGAAGGUGUUAUCCUUUCAGCAUGUCCACCAGUUAGAGCAUUGGGUUUUGAUAAUAGUCAAAAUCAAGCAGGUGCAGCAACCAGGAUGGUUGAAACAGAAGAAUUACCUCCGAUCGAUCAUGGUGUCCCUAUUACAGACCGGCGGAGUACUUUUCAGGCACAUUUGGCUCCAGUAGUUUGUCCCAAGCAGGUGAAAAUGGUUCUUGCCAAACUGUAUGAGAAUAAGAAGAUAGCCAGUGCCACGCACAACAUCUACGCGUACCGAAUAUACUGUGAGGAUAAACAGACCUUCUUACAGGACUGCGAAGAUGAUGGGGAAACAGCGGCUGGUGGACGACUUCUCCAUCUCAUGGAGAUUCUGAAUGUGAGAAAUGUCCUGGUGGUAGUUUCGCGCUGGUAUGGAGGGAUUCUGCUCGGACCAGAUCGCUUUAAACAUAUCAACAACUGCGCCAGAAACAUACUGGUGGAGAAGAACUACACACACCCACCGGAGGAAUCAUCUAAGGCUUUGGGAAAGAACAAAAAAGUAAGAAAGGACAAGAAGAGGAGUGAACAUUAGUGUAUGAAAGGUUAAUUUGCCUAUAAUUACAUACGAAUUCCACACUCAUGGAAGAACAUACCGGGCAGAGAGGGGACCGUGGACUGCUCAAAUUAGCCAGUUCAUCAUGGACACCACCGUUACUGUCUCUUCUUUGGUUCUAUCAUCUGCCGAAAAUAGAGAACUCGUGAUAUAUUCAUGUGUGUUUCAGGCUGGCUUGGAAGACGUAAUUUGAACUAAUCACCACUUUACCUAAUUUUAGGAAGGUAACAGUUGCCCAGGGCAGUACCUGAAUUAACUGUCCGUUUCAGUACAUGUCAAGUGCCUUUGUUGGGGGGGGAAGAAAUGUCUCUGGAGGAAUAUAAAUAUCUGAUUUCUUGUCAUCGGGGUUCUCAUUUUGUUAAAUGAAUAUGGCCUUUUACUGCUCUUUAUGGCUUAUUGGAAUAGGAGCUCACUGAAGAUUGAUCUUGGAGAGUUUCUUCUUGUGAUUUUAGUUCAAAAGUGUGUCACCUUUCAUGUUACAGUGUCCCAUCAUUGAGCAGUGCAUCGAGUGAAGUUUCAGGAGUUUUAUCUGCAGCUACGUGCUGAAGUCAUUCAUCCAACGUAUUUGCUGGAUUAAUAUAGCAUAAGUGGUAUACCUCAGUUUCUGUCACAGAUUAGUGAUUGUGAAAUUUCGAACAGUGGUUUUUCUAGCCUCUAGUUUUUUUGUUUAAUUCUUGUAAUGUAAGCAGUAAAUGUGGAGUGUCAGUAGUCUCCUCCCUCCCCUGAAAUGUGCUGGUGUAAUAUUCUGGUUUCCUUUAUCAGCCUGGAGGUAGGUACCUUUGCUGUGUGCUCUUCGCCGAGGAUUAGAACUGUGCUAGAGCUGUGCCGUGAUUGAUGGGACAUAAAUGGAAUGGAGGUGGCGGGACGGCACUGGUGCGGGCCAGGGUGUGCUGUGCCGUUAUGGAAAUGGGGUGCACGUUUCCAGCUGCAUUCCAGCCGUCUUUCUCAAUGCCAUGGCUGUGCAGAGAAGGAACCAACCUUUGAUUGGAAAAAGAAAGAAAAUUCCUUUUCCCCCGCUAUUAUCUAAUGUACCUUUCCACCAGCGUUUCAUGUUCUUUCUUGCAUCCGCAAGUUGUGUGCUUUGCCUCUAGGCACCUAGACAGUAGCUUUGCCUUUGCAGUAUAACAAAUCAUUACCUGUUCCCCCUCAGACGUGAUCACAAACAAUUAUUAAAAGUUAAUCUCUCACAGGUUCCUGAAAUUCCCUUCCAAAGACAGGGAGCAGAGGUUAGGAGGCGGCUUGCAGGGGUGUUGGACUUGGACAGCAUCAGAGAGUAGUGGACACAGGCGCAUGUUUUGUUUCUGUUCUCUGAUGUUUUACCUUAAAAAAAAAACUCAACUAACAUAGUACUUUUAAUAAGAAAUUCAUAAAUACUUGCACACUAGGAUGGAUCCUGAGAAACCUGUAUUUGUUGUGUGUUCAGUGUUGCAGUUGCGAAGUGCCAUCAGAAGAUGGGUUUAGGACACAACCUCAGAUUCCAUGAAAAAUUAUGUGCUCUAUUAACUUAAAAUAAUUAAAUUUAAAAACCAUUAAUUAAAAUAAUUUCACAACUUUGGCAUAGCAAACCUGUGAUAGAAGAUAUAAACCAGUAAGAAUUUGAUGCUGCAGAAACGUAAAUGAGUUCAUUUUUCUGCAUCACCAAAUUUGCAUUUCUUCCUGACUGUUUUAUCUAAAAUUUAAGUCUUUAUAGAAAAUCUUUUAUAACUGGGAUCUCAUUUUUUUAUUUAAAAACAAAUCUCAUUUUUGCUUCUUUCUACAAAGUUAUUAACCACAUUCUCCUGACUGACAAACCUACUCAUACCUAAUCUUUGCCCAAAGUCAGUUAGUUAAUAAGUAAAGUCUAAAAGUCUCUAAUUCUGGAACCUGAGUUAUUUCACACUCUCAUUUAUAGACACUAAUAAUAGGUAUCAUUUUUUCUCUACUUAAAAUUUAUCUUGAGAGGAUUUUCAGAGUCUCCAAAUAAUUUUCUGUGGUCAAGUACCGUAUUUUGUCAUGUAUAAUGUCCACUUUUUUGCCCAAAGUUUCAAGGGAAAAACAAGGAUGUGCAUUAUACAUGGGUAGUACCUAAAAUACCUUGUAUCCGUUCUUGUAUUUUCUUAUUAUUCGUUACAUAAAACUUCUUGUACCAUAAAUUGUUCAACAAUAAAUGCUAAAAUUCCUUUACAGUACAAAAAACGAGUUAUCUAAAUAUAAAUAAAUAAUUGAAUUUAAAAAUUAAAAUGAAAGAUUUUUUUUCUUGGAAAUUUGGGCCAAAAAUGUGGGUGCGCACUAUAUGCGGGAGCACAUUAUACAUAGCAAAAUACGGUAAAUCUGUGUGGUGGCAUGUUUUUCAGUAUCUGUGUCAGUUAGACAUACUCUCCGUAUACCAGGAUGUAAGAGCAGGUAGUACUUACUUUUUAAAGGGACUAGCGGUAUGAUUUGCAGGUAUAUAUCAUGAAACAGAGCCCACUUGAAGAGAACUGUGUCACACUGAUCACAACUGGGAAAGAAUGGCAUGAAACAGAUAGUGUUCUGUGGGGAAGGUGACAUUUAUUGGGAAAGUUGUAGAAUUACCUCUAAUUCCACCGUCUACAUAGAGAUAACCAUUAGCAACAUUUGGUACGCACAGCCUCCUAUUUUUUUCCUGUGCUUGAUUUUGUACAUAUGCUAUUUUUCUUUCCACAAAAUAGUAUUAAGCUGUAUAUACUGUUUUGUAUCUUGAUAUUUCAUAUAGAAGUAUAUUGUUAACAUUUUCCCAUGUCAAUAAAUAUUAUUCUGUGGUUUAAUUUCUUAU